CAAAGAAGACAGCAAGAGACGAAGGAUGGCGUCGAAGGACGAGACGUUGGGGCAGGCCAAGCAGCGCCACAAGCUGGAACUGCGUACAAUGCAAAAUGACAUCAAAGCAUUCCAGAAGAAAGCCAAGAAGGACCGACUGAGCAAGAAAGACAUUGAGACGCAGGUUGCAACCAUGGAGGACGCCGUGAAGGAUCGUCACGAACAGGAGCUGAAGUCCUUCAACACUGAGGAGGACGACGUCGACGCUGCUCAGCCAGACGCCGUACCGGGUCAACCGGGGUCAACAGUGCUAUCAAAACAGGCCAAGGCGCAGGCUAAAGCUCAGCGAAAACGUGAGGUUAAAAAGCAGCAAGAGCGUGAGCGUCACGAACGCAUUGAAGAGGCCAACAAGAACACUGUAAGCGAGCGGCAGAUUGAGGCUGACAUGAUCCUGGCACAACUGUCCAGACACGGCCUCAAGAUCAAGGACAUCCCGUCUGAUGGUCACUGUAUGUAUCACGCUGUGGCGGACCAGAUGAAGCAGAAGAACUUGCCUAGCGCAAUCGAGAUGGCGGGGUUCCAGUAUCUACGGAAACUUACGAGCGAGUACAUGCUCGCGCACCCGGAUGAUUUCCUGCCGUUUAUGGCGCUGGAUGAAUCGUCCGCGAGCCCGGAAGACGCAUUCGAGACUUACUGCGAUCGACUGGCGAAUACUGCUGACUGGGGUGGACAACUGGAGCUCCGUGCUUUGGCCUGUGCGCUACAUACGCCCAUCGAGGUUUUCUCGGCCGAGGGCGACGUGCUGGUGAUGGGCGGCGAGUUCGUUAGCGAGGACGAUGAGAGUGCACCCAAGCUACAACUGACCUAUCACCUGCACUACUACACGCUAGGCGAGCACUUUAACUCUGUUGCUCCGGUGUAG